AUGGCGUCUGCCAGUGUGGAUUUAACAAAGCUCAUCUGUCGACGACAUAACGACAGCUGCUGCUCGUCUCCUUCUUGUAGCCAUCUUUCUACAUGCUUUGACAGGGUGGUCGUUGGUUAUGACGGGAACUUUGUGGAUGGUUCUGAAAACUUAAAUGUCAGACAACAGGAAUCGUCAGGCCUUGUUCCCUUCAAGGAGAAGACAAAUCCAAAUUCGAAUUAUGGUUCAGCGGGCGUGUCUGUGAAAGACCACACAGCAGAUGGUAGGAGAUUGACUACCCCGGUCGUGUACAGUCGACGCUGGCUCAUGCUGGCUUUAUUCUGUUUUUACUCCUUCAGCAACUCUUUUCAGUGGAUCAACCUAAACAUUAUUUCUGACAUUCUGGGCCGUUACUACAAUCAGAGUUUACCUCGGGAUUCUUACCAGCGCAACACGGCUAUAGACUGGCUGUCAAUGGUCUAUAUGCUAGCAUACAUUCCAUUAAUAUUGCCUGUCAUGUGGGUCCUGGAUCAAAAGGGAUUACGCCUGUGUUGUUUGUGUGGGUCCUUGCUCAACGCUCUUGGAGCUUGGCUAAAGUGUGCCAGUUUGACUCCAGACAGAUUUCCGUUGCUCAUGUUUGCACAAACAAUUAGUGCCAUGGCACAAGUCUGUGUUCUAGGAAUACCUGCAAGACUGGCUGCUGUUUGGUUUGGGCCUAACGAAGUGUCCACAGCAACAUCCCUCGGUGUCUUCGGAAACCAAGUUGGGAUCGCCGCUGGAUUUCUGCUGCCGCCAAUGAUGGUGACAAACUCCAACGAUACAGACGUCAUCGAUGUUGGUUUGCGCAUCAUGUAUUAUGGUGUUGCGAGUCUGACUACCGUCGUUUUCUUGUCAAUCCUUGUCUUUUUCCAUGACAGACCACCACAGCCACCAAGCAAAGCACAAUAUCUUGCCGUAGUGGCCGCAGCCAGCCAGAAUUAUAAACAGUCUCUGGUUCAAUUAGUCACCAAUAAAGGAUUUAUUCUUCUCAUUAUUGCCUACGGUAUAAACACCGGAUCGUUUUAUGCGGUGUCGACUCUACUUAAUGCUACAGUUUUCUGCUAUUUUCCGGGUCAAGGGGUCAGUGCUGGGAGAAUCGGUCUUACGAUUGUAGCCAUGGGUGUGCUGGGUUCGGUCCUAGUUGGCGUGUGGUUAGACAAGACCAGAACUUUCAGGGGAACAACAGUAGCAGUGUACAUUUUAUCAUUGGCUGGGAGCAUCGCCUUCACUGCGGGCCUGAACCUGGGAUCUCUCUGGAUUACCUUCAUCACCGCAGGUUCACUUGGGUUUUUCAUGACAGGAUAUCUCCCCGUAGGGUAUGAAUUUGCAGCAGAACUGACUUUCCCUGAAUCAGAAGCUACUUCGUCAGGCUUGCUCAACAUCAGUGCCCAGGUAUUUGGAGUAACCUUAACACUUACAAUGAGAGCUAUGCUGGAGUCUGUGUCCGUGCUCAGUGCCAACGCUGCUCUCUGUGCGCUUUUGUUUGUGGGAUGCAUCCUGACAGGUUUGUCCAACAAACAGUUGGUUAGCGAAUGUAGACAUAAAUGUCUAAACAAAAAAAGUAAAAAGCGAAAGUUCGUUCACACACCAUAG